AUGUCGCAUCGCAAGUUCGAGCGCCCCCGUCACGGAUCCCUGGGAUUCCUGCCCAGGAAGCGGACGAGGCACCACCAGGGCAAGAUCAAGAGCUUCCCGAAGGACGACCAGUCUAAGGCCCCGCACUUCACGGCCUUCAUGAGCUACAAGGCGGGCAUGACGCACAUCGUGCGGGAAGUUGAUCGGCCGGGGUCCAAGCUUCACAAAAAGGAGAUCGUGGAGCCCGUUAGCAUCGUCGAAAGCCCUCCCAUGAUUGUGGUGGGCUUCGUGGGCUACGUCGAGACCCCUCGUGGCCUCCGUGCACUGACCUCCGUGUGGGCAGGACACCUCUCCGAGGAGUGCAAGCGCCGCUUCUACAAGACCUGGCACACAUCCAAGCAGAAGGCCUUCACCAAGUAUCAGAAGCGCUGGGAAGAGGCAGGCAAGGAUGGCACCCCCAUGGCUGCGGAGGUUGACCGGGCCAAGAAGUACUGCCAGGUCAUCCGGGCGAUCUGUCACACACAGGUGGGCAAGGUGCGAAUUGGCCAAAAGAAGGCGCACAUCAAGGAAAUCCAGGUGAACGGAGGCACCACAGAAGCCAAGGUGGAUUUCGUCAUGGGCCUGUUUGAGAAGGAGGUCAAGGUGGCUGAUGUCUUCAGUCAGGAUGAGAUGAUUGAUGUGAUUGGUGCGACGAAGGGCAAGGGCUUCAAUGGAGUGGUGACUCGUUGGGGUGUGACGCGGCUGGUCAGGAAAUCGCACCGCGGGCUGCGCAAGGUGGCAUGCAUUGGCAGUUGGCACCCUGCCCGCGUUUCGUUCCAAGUACCCCGGUCAGGCCAGCGCGGCUACCACCAUCGCACCGAGAUCAACAAGAAGAUUUAUCGUGUUGGCAAGGCCCUGAAGGACGAUGCCAACAAUGCCAGUACCGAGAACGACCUCACGGAGAAGCCUAUUACUCCCAUGGGUGGAUUCUCACACUAUGGCGAAGUCAGGGAGGAUUGGAUCAUGCUCAAAGGCACUGUCAUGGGCCCGCGCAAGCGCCUGAUCACGCUGCGCAAGUCCUUGUUGCCACAAGUCACCCGCAAGGCCCUGGAAAAGGUGACCCUGAAGUUCAUCGACACCUCCUCCAAGUUCGGCCACGGCCGCUUCCAGACAAGUGAUGAGAAGAGCAAGUUCUACGGCGGGGCGCAGAAGAAGGCCAAGACGGAGGCCAAGGCCGAGGAGGCGUGA